AUGUUUGCAGGGCCACGAGAGGGGCUCUAUGUCUGUAAUGGAGACUCUGAGCCAUACAGCUCCCACCCCCAGUUGAAGCCCAUCGAACCCCACUCCGACCCUACCACAGUGACCACUGCUUUGUGGAAUGUGUCCAGAGAAACAGACAAAGGCUACUUCCUGAAGCUGGAGGCUCCGAUGAACAACAUCACCACGUCCCUGGGCCAGGCGGCGGAGCUGCACUGCCGGGUGUCGGGGAACCCCACCCCCACGGUGCGCUGGCUGAAGAACGACGCCCCCGUGGUGCAGGAGCCCCGCCGGGUGUCCUACCGGCCCACCGCCUAUGGGUCCCGGCUGCGCAUCCGCGACCUGGACACCACCGACACGGGCUACUUCCAGUGCGUGGCCACCAACGCCUUCGGCACCGUGUCCACCACCGGCAUCCUGUUCGUCAAGUUCGAUCCACUGCCCACCCCCAUAGCAGGAAGGCCUUCACCGGACGAGUACGAGGAGGAGGGCUUCUGCCAGCCCUACAGAGGCAUCGCCUGCGCCCGAGUCAUCGGCAACCGCAGCAUCUACGUGGACUCCCUGCAGAUGCAGGGCGAGAUCGAGACGCAGAUUACAGCGGCCUUCACCAUGAUCGGCACGUCGGCCCAGCUGUCGGACCGCUGCUCGCAGUUUGCCAUCCCGUCGCUCUGUCACUUCGCCUUCCCAGCAUGCCACAGGGGCCCGGGCGGCGAGCGGCCGCGGGACCUGUGCCGGGACGAGUGCGAGGUUCUGGAGAAUGACCUCUGCCACACCGAGUACAUCAUCGCCCGCUCCAACCCCGCCAUCCUGAAGAGCCUGAAACUGCCCAACUGCCACCAGCUGGCUGCUGCCCACACGCCUGAGGCCUCCAACUGCAUGAGGAUUGGCAUCCCCCUGGCCACGCACAUUGACAAGGAUCAUCACUGUUACAAUGACAGUGGGGUGGAUUACCGGGGCACAGUCAGUGUGACCAGGUCAGGUCUACAGUGCCAGCCCUGGAACUCACAGUACCCCCAUAUCCAUGACUAUCUGGCACUACGCUACCCAGAACUCAGCGGGGGCCACUCGUACUGCCGUAACCCAGGGAACCAGCAGCAGGCGCCCUGGUGCCUGACUCUGAACGAGGCCGUACGCAUGGAGUUGUGUGAUGUUUCCCUGUGCGACACCCAGAAGCAGCCCGGUCGCAGCGGAGUAGAGACGCUGUCCAUCCUGAUCCCGUGUGUGAUCCUUCCCCUGGCCGUCGCCCUGAUUUUCUUCUUCAUCUGCACCUGCCGCAAUGCCCAGAAGGCCAAGCGCUCGCCCGUCCCACAGCAACCUAAACCAGUCAGGGGUCAGAAUGUAGAGAUGUCCAUGCUCAGUGCUUCCAAGCCAAAGAGCAAAGCCAAGGAGCUGCCGCUGUCGGCUGUGCGCUUCAUGGAGGAGCUGGGCGAGUGGGCCUUCGGCAGGGUCUACAGAGGCCAUCUCUACCUGCCGGGGAUGGAGCAGGCGCAGCUGGUGGCUAUCAAGACCCUGAAGGACCCAUCCAGCCCGCAGAUGUGGGCUGAGUUCCAGCAGGAGGCCUCUCUGCUGGCUGAGAUGCACCACCACAACGUGGCGUCGCUGCUGGGGGUGGUCACGCAGGACGCGCCCGUCUGCGUGCUGCUGGAGUUGUCCAGCCGGGGCGACCUCAGGCAGUUCCUCAUCUCGCGCUCUCCGCACUCGGACGUGGCCGGAGCCAGCAGCAGCGAUGAGGACGGCACGGCACACUCCGGCCUGGACCACGCCGACCUCCUGCACCUGUCCCUGCAGGUGGCCGCCGGCAUGGAGUACCUGGCCGGCCGCUCGUUCGUGCACAAGGACCUGGCCGCCCGCAACGUCCUGGUGGGGGAGCGGAUGCACCUGAAGAUCUCGGACCUGGGCCUGUCCAGGGACGCCUACGCCUCCGACUACCUCCACGCCCCGAACCGGCGCCCGCUGCCCAUCCGCUGGAUGUCCCCCGAAGCCAUCGCCUACGGCAGCUUCACCACCGACUCUGACGUGUGGGCGUUCGGCGUGGUGCUGUGGGAGAUCUUCAGCUUCGGGCUGCAGCCGUACUGCGGCUUCAGCAGCCAGGAGGUGGUGGACGUGGUACACCAGCGGCAACUGCUGCCCUGCCCUGCGUCCUGCUCAUCCCGGGUGUACGGCCUGAUGGUGGAGUGUUGGCGGGAGAGCCCCGCCCAGCGGCCACGCUUCAGGGACAGCCACGCGCGGCUGAGGGCCUGGGGGGCGCUCUCGUCCCAGGCGGGCUCCACCUCGCCCUCGGGGGGCAACGGCACCACCCAAACCACCUCCCUUAGCGCCAGUCCCAUCAGCAGCACUGGGAGCCCUCGCUACGCCGGCUACAGCUACCCGGCCCACGGCCACGCCCUGCCCCCACCCCACAUGGCGGGGUUCGUGGCAGCCCCUUUGCCCCUAAGCCAGAGAUUCAUCCCGGUCAACGGUUAUGUGGUGUCCCCCGGCUACCCAGCUUUCCCUGGGGCCGACCCCCUGCCGCCGGGCCCGGCCCGCUCCUCCACGCACUGCCCGCCCCCCAAGAGCCGCUCCCCCAGCUCCGCCAGCAGCUCCACCAGCACGGGUCCUACCGGGAACAGCGCCCCCUCUGUCUGCUCCAACCACGACACUGCAGUGCCACUGCCGCCCCGUUGCUUUCCCCUACAGAAGGCCCUACAAACUGGCAUCACACACGCCGCUCUGCACCUCACAGACUCCACCCGGCACACCUUCGAUGAAUCCAGCAUAACUGCCCACUUUUAG